AUGUCAUCCCCCACAAUUUCCGCAGCGACCACCUUCCUCAACACCUUCUUCACAAUCUUCGACACCGGCAACCGCGCCGACCUCAUCCCCUUCUACACCCCCACCGCGCGCCUAACAUACGAAGACGUAACCUACAACAACGCCCCCGACAUCGUAACCUUCCUCGUCGAAGCGCCCAAGAAAAUCCAGCAUAAGCGCGCCAAGACUGUGCUUGAGCAGGUCAAUGAGCGGGGCGAUGUGUUGGUGCUUGUGACGGGGGUGUUGGAGUUUGGGAAGAGAGGCACACGGACGAAUUUUGCUACGACGUUUGUGUUGCAUAGGAGUGAGGGUGUUGAUAUGGUGGGAGAGGGGGAGGGGGAGGAGGAGGGGGAGUUUGUGAUUGGGAGGCAGGUUAGUUCGAUUAGUUUUGAGGGGGAUGAGGAGUUGGAUUUGGCGAUUGAGUGA